ACUAAUGUCACAAAUAUUGUUACUACAAAACUCCUGGCUGUCGAAGACUAUACCACGUGGCGGACUCAAUUUGAAUCUUUUCUUGUAUCUCAAGGACUUCUGGGCAUGGUUGAUGGCACUCUUCAGGUACCUUCCGCUUAUUCCAUUGAUAUUCUAAAUCAUCAGUCUCCCAAUCCCGAAUAUUCUGUCUGGUUGCGAAUUGAUCAAACCAUCCGGUCUUGGUUAUUUGCAACCCUCUCUCGGGAUAUUCUUAUUGAUGUUCGUGACCUAAAACAUUCUUUUGAAAUCUGGGAGCGUUUAGAAUCUCGAUUCAUGUCUGCCAGUUUGGCUCGGUCAAUGGAAUUACAGCGUUUAUUUUCCCAAAUUAAAAAGAAACCUGAACAAUCUAUGGAUGCGUAUCUAUGCGAAAUUAAGAUUUUGGCUGAUGAUCUUGCCACUAUUAAUUGCCCUGUUUCUCCACGUGACCUGCUCAAAACCACCAUUAUGGGACUUGGCCGUGAGUAUGAGUCCUUGGUCACAACAGUCUCUCUUUUUUCUCACAAUUUUCCGUUUGAGGCACUCCGGAAUCAUCUCCUGGAACUAGAGCAGCGAGUCAUCUACCUUCGAUCCCAGGAGAAUCUGCCGGCCCAUCAAGCAUUUGGUGCACAGCUGCCACCGAAUAAUCCACAACAGGUGCCGCAUCCGGGUGGCCAGCAGCAGCAACAGCGCCCUUCGGCCUCUCAUCAACGCGGCCGUGGCGGUCGGACACGGGGCGGCAGAGGUCGUGGAGCUCGUGGCCGGGGUCAUGGCCCGCAUCCAGUGCAAUAUGGUCAGCCGGUGCACUGGUACCCUUCGUAUGGUCCACCGCCGUCAAUGUCAGCUGCUGGGAAUGGUUCUGCGGCAGGGGGUGGUCUCUCGGCUGGACAACAUUUGGGUACUGUUUUUCGUAAUUCCACUGUGUCAACUUUAAAUAUUAAUGCUUUACCUAUUUGUGCUUCUAACUUUGGUUCUGCAGGCUCUUCAUCAGAUGGGGGUAUACUUGGAGUGGUUCCCCAUCCUAUUGUCUGUCAAAUUGGUUUCUCUGCAGGUCAUUCCGCUAUUGCUUGUCCAUCUCGUUUUGCUCAGCCUACCAGUCCUGCCCUGUUGACCACAUCUGGUGAAUCUAAUUCGGCUUUAUGGUAUCCUGACUCGGGAGCUUCUGCUCAUAUGACUGGCUCAGAAGGACAAGGCCACGGGGAUGGAACUUCUGCGUGCUAAUAGUCAAGGACCUCUAUAUCCUCUGCGUCUGCCAUCAUCAUCCUCAUUAGUUCUCGCGUCUGUCUUAGCUUCUGGCCCUGUGUGGCAUCGUAGAUUAGGUCAUUGUGGUGACAGUGUUUUGCAAUUUCUUAAACGAAAACAAUUUUUAUGUAGUCAUUCUCCCUUUACUCAUGAGUGUGUUGCUUGUAGAUUAGGAAAAUCACAACGUUUGCCCUUUGAGGAUGCUAGUCAUAAUUCUUUUCUUCCAUUACAAGUUAUUCAUUCUGAUGUAUGGCAAUCUCCUGUUGGCUCUAAUUUAGGCUUCAAAUAUUACGUUUUAUUUAUUGAUGAUUUUUCUCGUUUUAGCUGGAUUUAUCCAAU